AUGCAAGAAAUUAUUAUUAUAGGAAUUGGAUAAUGUGGAAUAAGUAUAGGACUAGAAUUCAUAAAACAAUUAAAUUAUGAUCAUUGUUUAAAUAAUCAUUAAGAAUUAAUUAAUCAAGAUAGAAAUAGGCAGAAAAUAAAUGUUUUCUUUAAUGAAAAUUCUAGAUAGCAGUUCUUACCUAGAUGUUUGUUUCUAGACUUAGAGCCAAAAUCAAUUGAUAAAUUAUUUAUAUAGAAGGAUGAAUUGUGGAAGUGGUAAUAAUUAUGCACUGAAUUGAUGGAUAAAUGCAAACAUAUCUUAGAUAAGUAUUUUGAAGAAUCAGGAAAGUUGUAAGGAAUAAUGAUGUUUUUUUCAACUGGAGGAGGAAGUGGUUCAGGAAUAGCAUCUAAUUUAAUAUAAUACUUUCGAGAAAAGGACCCAACUAAAAUAGUUCAUUGCAAUCCUAUAUUUUCACAAGGAAUUACACAUAAUUGUUUAGAAAUAUAUAAUACAGCAUUUAUUAUGAAUUCAAUGAUUGAAAUUGUAGAUAUUGUAACAGUUUACGAUAAUGUUGCUUUAUAACAUAUAUGUAAAAUCAAUAUGUUAGAAUAAAAUUAUGAUAUUUAUAACAAAAUCCUGGCAGAGAGUUUAAUUUAGACAACUGCUUCAUAUAGAUUUCCAGGAUUUCUAAAUGGUGGAAUGAAGAAACUUACUUUAAAUUUGAUACCAUUCCCAAGAUUACAUUUUUUUUAACCUAGUUACAUGAUCAUCAAUUAGAGAGAUUGGAAUAUUACUAAUAUUCUUAAUAAAUAAUAUAAGUUGUGCAAUUUUGAGAAUAACCUACCAAGUGAGUUUCUCUCUUAUCAAAUCCAAUUAAGAGGUAAUUGCUUUGAAAUUCCUGAUUCUCCAUCGUUAUUAAUUAGAAAAGACAAUAUCUAUUAAAUCCCUGAUCUUGAUACUCAUUACAGAGUGCAUACAACCGUUUAGCAUAUAGAUCAUGAAAAUAUUGUUGGAUUUUUAGGAAAUUCUAAUGGAUUUAAAAAAUAUCUGCAAUAUUACUAAGGAGACUUCACCAAGAUGUUUAGAAGGAAGGCAUUUGUAUAUACCUAUUAAAAUAUUGGUAUGGAUGAGAUGGAAUUCACUGAGGCAGAGAGUAAUAUCAAUGAUCUAAUAUCAGAGUACGGUCCAUUUUUCCAUAGUUGUUGUCAUAGUGAAUAUGAUAAUUAUGAAGAGGAGGAAGAAUAUUGA